GAAAUGUCCAUACUCCCACGUUCCGUCGGGCAGCAUCCGGCGGCAGCGGGGCCUGUGGCUCCCCCUGCGGGCGGCUCGGCGGCGUGCACGGUCCGGCCUCCUGGCUGGUGGGGUGCUGAGGCUCGGGCAGCAUGACGACGGAGACCUUUGUGAAGGAUAUCAAGCCCGGGCUCAAGAAUCUGAACCUUAUCUUCAUUGUGCUGGAGACAGGCCGGGUGACCAAAACGAAGGACGGGCACGAGGUUCGGACCUGCAAAGUGGCAGACAAAACAGGCAGCAUCAAUAUUUCGGUCUGGGACGACGUGGGCAACCUGAUCCAGCCUGGAGACAUUAUCAGGCUCACCAAAGGAUAUGCUUCUGUGUUCAAAGGUUGUCUGACACUGUAUACUGGCCGUGGGGGUGAUUUACAGAAGAUUGGAGAAUUCUGUAUGGUCUAUUCUGAGGUUCCUAACUUCAGUGAGCCGAACCCAGAGUACAGCACCCAGCAGGCACCCAACAAAGCGGGGCAGAACGACAGCAGUCCUACAGCCCCCCAGGCUACCACUGGACCCCCUGCUGCCUCACCAGCUUCUGAGAACCAGAACGGGAAUGGACUAAGCACCCCACCAGGUUCUGGUGGUGGCCCACACCCCCCUCACACUCCCUCCCACCCACCUAGCACCAGAAUCACUCGAAGCCAGCCCAGCCACACACCAGCUGGCCCUCCUGGCCCCUCCAGCAAUCCCAUAAGUAACGGCAAAGAAACACGCAGGAGCAGCAAGAGAUAGCAAGACAUUCUUUCUUUUCUCCUGCCAUCAGCAUAACCCAGGUGUCUGCUAGAGAACAAGACAGGCUAAUAGGUUUCUGGCUUUGGGGUUGGGGGCUGAAGUAGCAGCCCUAGCCACUAAACCUCCCUGGAGGGGUGGUGAGCUGCGUGGCUUUAUUCACCCAAAAUUCAUAAUCCCUCUUGUCCAGCUGAGCUGCCUGUCCCCUGUGAUCCAGGACCCUCUACCUGCCCUCUUUCCUCUUUAGAAACUAUAGUUACAUAGUUUGUUUCCUGUGUAAUGUGGGGAUCUAAUUGAAAUCCUCCUUCCUAAUAAAUGUUUCCACUCUU